AGGCAUCACAAUGAAUGCUCCGGCUGCCUUUGAGUCAUUCUUGAUUUUCGAUGGCGAACGCAAAAUCUCUGUGGAAAAUGAUACCAAGGUGCCAAAUGCUGCUGUCUUCACGAUCAACAAGGAAGAUCAUACUUUGGGCAAUUUGCUGAAGCAUCAGUUGCUGAAAGACCCGAUGGUUUUAUUUGCUGGCUACAAGAAUCCUCAUCCUCUUGAACACAAGAUUGUCCUCCGAGUUCAAACGACAGGGCAGACUACUCCAGCUGACGCCUUGAUCAACGCGAUCACAGAUUUGAUAGCCGAACUGUCCUUGUUUGAGGAAAGAUUCAAAGAGGCAGCUGAAGGACGAAAAAGGAUGAAUGAUACUCUCUAUUGAGCCUUGAGUGUGCUACGGCUUUCACAUCUGUAUUCCUUAGCUGGAUCGGUGUUUGAUUUGUUUAUGAGAUGAUUACUCAUAUUGCUGUUAGCUGUAUAUAGAUUUAUCAUUUUACUUGGGGAUCCGUCCGGAUUAUUGCUCAGG